AGAAAGUGUGCUUCCUUCACUUGUGUCGACAGAAAUAUGAGCGCCGCCAAGAACAUUGUCAAGGCCUUGGAGCCGUUCACCAGCUGCGAUGUGGCAGAUGCCCUCACCAAGCUCAAGGUGCCUCAUGGCGGUUUUCUGCCGGGUCUGACCAUGUGGUCGCCCCAGCGUCAAGCCGGAUCCACCAAGAUCAUCGGGCCCGCAUACACCGUCAAGUACGUGAGGAAGAACUACGAGAACGAUGCCAAGCCUUCUGGUCACUACAUUGACACGGUCCCCGAGGGAGCCGUCAUCUUCAUCUCGGCGCCGCCAAAGAUGAUCAAUGCCUGCUAUGGCGGCUUGAUGAGCACACGAGCACACCACCUGGGCGCUGCAGGCACCAUUGUCGAUGGCAGACUACGGGAUCUCCAAGAACAUCGUGACCUGAAUUUCCCUGUUUUCGCAAAAGAUGUUGGAACGACGGCUCCUGCAGAAGUUGCUCGUGUGAGUGAGGUGAAUAGUGGACCUGUACGAUUCAACAGCGAAGAUCAGGAUUCGUAUAUUUACCCUGGAGACAUACUGAUUGCGGACCUCAACGGCGUCGUUUGCGUACCCCAGCAGCUCGCCGAGCAAGCUGUCGACUUGAUUGCAUCGCAAGUCGAGGCGGAUGAGAAGGUGGCGGAAGAUAUCAGAAAUGGAGUCCCUGUGGGAGAGUCGAUGAAGAAGCAUCGAGCGCAUGUGAAACAGCCCAAGUUGGCCUGAGCAAGAAUAAUAAUAAAAUAUAUGGGCACCUCACGUACGGAAAGGCGAUUGGUCGGGUACAGACGGCGAAUAUGAUAUGUCGAUAUUGCCGGCACCCGGGCACAUCAUAACAGUAAUAGUACUGUAAUUUGCUGAUUUGCCUCUUCUGUGAUUUGGCCGCCGAAGAGAGGCGAAAUCUCCGUCGAUAAUACUGAAUCAUGACGCGAUUGGC